GAUAUAUUCGGCUUUAAUUCCAUGUUUGCUAACAAAGACAGACACUUGUAUGAUAAAACACUUUAAAAUAAUAUAACAUUUGACAUUAAAAUAACCAGGAAAUUCAUAAUAUUGGAAGAGAAAAAGAUAUAUGAAAAUAACUAAAAUCUUAAAAAACCGCCGACUUUUUAAGCGACGAGUGAACGCGCAAAUUACCGAUCAUAUACGGAAACGAUCGAAAUAGUCUCGGAAACAUUCGGAAGUUAUGAAUAUUAAUGAGGCUAGAAUUCAAAACAAUGGCGGACGCGAAGGAUGCGACGGAAGUAAAACAGAAAUUAAAAAGGAAAAGAGUCUCUAAAGUGACAGAUUCGGCAAAAAAGCGUAGGAAAAUCGAAUGGUCCAAGGCAAGAGUGCAUGUUGGGAGCCAAAUACAUCGGUGGCGACAGUUGAAAAAUGCAUGUGGGAUUAAAACAGAUGCCAAAUUUGCCAAACAUUUGCUCGACAGAUAUACAACAGCACAAGUACCUCCAGCAACAACCACUGGUAGCAGUCCACAUGUAGUGAUGCCCUUUCCAGGAACAUCAGGACAAAUGACAUCCACACCAGCUAGUACCACCCAGCAUUUUCCAGGUCCAACAGUUUCAGAAAUAUCAUCUGAAUCUGGGUUGACUGAUGUGGAUAAACCAGAGUUAUCAGGAUUGGAAGAACUUCAAGAAGAGAAAAACAGUAAUGGUGAAGGAGAAAGUGAACUUCAUAAGAAGCCAGCUAUGUUAACAAAAACUGGAAGACCUGUUGUUCAAACAGUUCAGCCACAGUCCUUUAUUGAUCCCUUCAGGUAUCUUUGAAUAAUUAAGUUAAUAAAUUUCAUAUAUGAGUUAAUUUGUGUUUAAGUCACCCAGACACAGUAAAUCUUUACUUGUGUAGAAAUAUACGUGCAUGAUUUCAGGCAUGAAUUGAGCAACUGAUAUGUAUAACUUUUCACAUUUAUGAAUGAAUCUUAAGUCUCAGAUGGGAUUCAAACCAGAAGUGACAAGGUGCUUAUAAAACAUAUUAGCUUACAUAACUGCUGUGUUUUAAUCCAUUUUA